CCUGAUUCUCCUGACCACCUCAACACCCUCACCUCACAUCACAUCACAUCACAUCACAUCCUAAUCAACAAAUCCCUACAGAAACGACACCAUACCGUGAAUCCCCAAUAAUUACACGGGCAAUGAAGCUCAACCACCUCGCCUGAACCAACGCCCUCCCGUUCAAACCAAACCACACCACCACCACCACCACACCACCCACGGGGUGCCUCACAACAACCAGAAAAUGGCCUCCUCCAGCCAACCCUUCGGCUCGCGCUCCUACGCCGCCGGCAAACUGCCCGACCGGUCCCUCAACGCCGCCAACGCCCUCCCCUUCAGCGCGUCCGCCUUCUCGCGCCACCGCGGCCUCGCCGGGGGCGGCGGCGGCGGUGGCAGCAGCAUCCCCAACGCCGGCGGCGUAGGCGCAGGCCUCGGCGCAGGGGACUUCAGCAACGACCCGAGCAGCAACAAGACGAACCACCCGCAAGCGCAGCACAGCCAUAUGGCCGGAGGAGCGCCGGCGCCGCCGCUGCACGGCCAAGACACGAACCCGCUGAGUCGAUUAACGGAGGAACAGCGGGAGGAGAUCAAUGAAGCGUUCACCCUCUUCGACCUCGACCGCGACCGCCACCUCGACUACCACGAACUCCGCGUCGCCUUCCGAGCCUUAGGCUUCUCGCUGCCAAAACAAGAACUCAUCUCCCUCCUCACGACCUACGGCGUGCCGCGGCCCCAAGUCCAGCAACAGCAGCAACAAGCCGCCCAAGCGACCGCCAACCAAUCCCAACCGCCGCAAAACCCGCCGCAACCCCUCCAGAAAUCCACCGCCAACAACCCCCAACACCCGUCCAACCUCCUCAUGCCCCUCAGCGCCUUCCAGGCGGUCACCGCGCUCAAGAUCCUGGAGCGCGAUCCGCGCGACGAGAUCCUGCGGGCCUUCGAGCUGUUCGACGAGGGCGGGAAGGGGUACAUCGAUCUGGAGGAUCUGCGGCGCGUGGCGCGCGAGCUGGGCGAGACCGGGCUCGAGGAGGAGGAGCUGCGCGCCAUGAUCGAGGAGUUUGAUUUGGAGGGGGUCGGGGGUGUGACGAAGGAGGCGUUUGUGAGUAUUUGUUGGCAGUAGGGGUAUAAGAGUACAAAUUCUUG